UGGCUGGAGCGGGCCCCCAAACCGGGAACAAGGCACGGGUGGGGGCCCAAACCGGACCGGGACCGGGAGGGGCCCCCCCGAAACCGUGAUUGGCACGGGGGCCGCCGGGUUAUGGCAAGCCUAUGUGCAUGCAACACAAGGAACUUUUCAAGGGUGACUGUGAAUGGGGGAAGCACUUCUUUCUUGAUUAAAAGAAGAACAGUGGUUUGACUGACGAAAGGUCUAAGCAGUUGUGAUACAGCAGUUGUGAAAAAUGGGCAAGAAGUGGAAAAAAUAAGAUAAAAAACAGCAGAGCAAUAGUAGGUUAGCUGAAAAAAAAAACUGAAGAAGAGGAACACAGGAAGUUGCUUUAUCUUGAGUGACACAUAUCUAGGGCCCAGGAUAGAUGGGCCAAAAGUGGUGUACCGCCGCCGAUACUAGGGUUCCAGAGCAUGCAGCACCUGCAUGUUCCGGAACCCUAGCACGUCACAGCGGUGGCAUGCCAUCCACACGGGAGCCACCAUGAUGAUGUAAGUGACGUACCAUACAGAUGUUGCUGUAAGUCGCUUACAUCAGGAGUGCGCCAAUGGUGUCUGCACGGCGUCAGAAAAAGAACUCGUUUUUUCCGGAUUCUUUUUUGGGCAGAGGGACGCCGUGCCGUUUGGCUGCUGCAGCAUCCCUCUGGGGGAAAACUGGAUGCCUCCAGCCCACCCUGAUGGGAAGCGAUGUACCGGGCCUAGGCCAGGAUCAUCAGAUACUUUGACCAGAACCAAUACUCUGGGGUGUCAGUCAGAGGUGUCCUCACAAAUAAGAUGUUUGAAAUGGAAAUGCUAGAGACUGGACCUUUUGUAUUCAAAUAUGUUGUCUUCCACUGAUAUUUGAUUAUUUCUGAUGAAGCUAAAAUAAAGAAUCGUUCAGAUGUUUUUCUAGAAGUAAAAAUUAAUGAUGGAGAAGCAAAGAUACCUGUUUUAAGGCAGAGUGUUCCUCACCGAACCUGCCAUAAUGAAGUGUUCAUUAGAAACUUUCCAGUGGGAGCUAUAAUUGAGUAUUUAAUGUGCUUACAAUUGUUUGAAUGAAAAGAAAACCAUUCAGUUUGAAAUGAGACAGUAUACACAGUGUUGCUUCAAUUGAACAAUGUCACUUUGAAGUUCACACUUUAAGCUAAGUGUGUGGGAUUUCCCUGUCUGCACCAUCUGUUUGAUUCCAGUGAGUUGAGGAUGUACAGUAAUUUCAAGGACAAUUUAUAUAUUCAUAGUAUUGCCAUAGGAAAGGUCUUUCCAACAGAGAUCAGUAACUGAGGCUGAUGGAGUCUUGGCAAAUGGAAGGGAUUGCUUGCAGCUUAGUUUGAGAAAGGUUUGGCCCAUCACUCUUCAGGACCAGAAAAACUAGUCACUGGUUAGUGCUGAACAUUUUCCCGUUGUCUUAUGGUCAUCACUGCCCCUUUAGGAUUGCCAAGCAACAAUGGUAGGCUGGUUAAUGAAGUUACAGGUGGCAGAAUUCCUUGUUCUAUAUAGUUUUUAGAAACAGAUUAAUUAUCUUAUGGUUAGCUCUUGGCAACCCUAUAUGCCCUGACUCCUAGGGGGCACACAGACAACCAUCCAUUCUUCCCAUCCAUCUCUCACUUAGCUGCAUGAGAUUCCACUGGAUACAUUGACAUUUAUUCUGUAUUUAUUCAGUGUUUCAUAGUGCUGUGCCCCCUCUUUUCCAUUCCUUGGGGUUAGAUGGAGGAAUCUUAAGGCAAGAGUACUACCUUGAAAGGAUGCAAUCAUAUGUUUUCCUCAUUUAUUAAACUUGGGGGUAAUUUGUGCACCUGCAGUUGAUACUGAAUCUGUCAUACAUAAUGGAAUCACAAGCUACCCCUUAUACCAUCAUCCUUGUAACAUCACUAAGGCCAAGCAGGGAUUCAAACCCUGGUCUCCAGAGUCAUGCUUCAGUGUUCAAACCACUAUACCAUACUGGCUUUCAAUUAGAAACUAGUUAAACCUAACUUUGAAUUUACAGUUUUUCUCUUCAGCUUCUGUGCAUUAAAUUACAAUGAAUAAGAGCAGCACAGUAUUUCCCCCCCAAAACACUGAUUUUCUGCACUCUGCAUUCCUGCUGCUGGUUGGGUAAAAUUCCAGACCAUGUUAAGAACUGAAUUGGAGGUCUCAUGCAGCACAAUGAAUGUUGAUUAUGAAUAGUCCACAUUCCUGAUGAUGUUUACACAAGCCCUUUCUGGAGGGGAAUAGCACUUGGAGAACAAAAUGCAUUAAACAAGGCAGAGAAAGCUGUGAUAUAAAUCAGUUCACUUGAUCGUGUUUUUCUAACAACCACUGAAGUGGUGGAUAGUAAUACUGGGUAGAAUAUCCCUCUCCUAUUCCAUGGGACCAGCCUAGUUACAAACAUCUUGUUCUUAAAUAGAAAGCACCUGCCAUACAUCCCAUGCAAAUGUUCUAUAGACUAAUAUUAAACAGCUAGGUAAAAAGCAGGGUAUAGUAGAAUCUUAGCCGUUUCUACUAAAUUAUUCUUGGUCAGCCAAUAGUUUAUAGGUGGGCCCAUUUGCUAGCAUUAUUAAUUCUAGUGUCCCAUUUUACUGAGUUUUUAAUUCCUGCAGCUUAUCUUCCCCAUCAAACCAUAAGAUGCUGAUUGUUCUCAAGGAUAUGCAGUAAAACCUGACCUGGAACACGGAUUAGCCCUGAUGGCCUUUAUCCGAGCCAAAGUUGUGGCAAAGAAGCUUAUGAAAGAUGGACCUUUUGGCACAAUGCGAUAUACUGUCAAACAGAUGAAGAUGUACAGAGGUUUUGACAAGAUGCCACAUGUUCAGUAUAUCUACACAGAAGCCUCUGAAGGUCUUUGUGGGGUCAAGCUUGAGGUCAACAAAUACCAGUAUUUGAUUACAGGCCGUGUUUAUGAUGGAAAGGUUUAUACUGGACUGUGUAACUUGAAUGAGAAGUGGGAUAGGCUGACUCUCUCCCAACGCAAAGGAUUGAACCAUCGUUACCAUCUAGGUUGUGGCUGCAAGAUUAAACCCUGCUACUACCUCCCCUGCUUUGUGACCUCCAAGAAUGAGUGCCUGUGGACAGACAUGCUCUCCAGCUUCGGUCAGCCAGGGUACCAGUCAAAGCAUUAUGCCUGCAUCAAGCAAAAGGAGGGCUAUUGCAGCUGGUACAGAGGAUGGGCACCUCCGGAUAAAACCAUCAUCAAUGCCACAGAUCCAUGAACAUCCAAACAUCUUUUUUUCUUGUUCUUUCCCUCUCAUGUGGCUGAGCAUUCUUUGGACACUAACUCAUUUCAGAUCAUGAUGGCAACCAUGAUAUUAGUGCCUCUUUCUUGCAAAUUUUAGCACUUCGAACUUUAAAAAAAAAACUAUGCCGUCUUAACUGAUGUUUGUUUUGUUUUGUUAUAAAUCACUUUUUUUUAAAGAAAAUUUACUCUCACCCAUUUUGGUCAGAAGAUAUUUGUCUGGGAACUUCUAUUUGCACACCAGAUGCAUAAGGGAGCUUUUGCUCUAAGUUAUAUAUCACUAUAUAUAUAGCAAUAUAAUCUAUAUUUUUGUAGGAAAACAAAAAUCUCAAAAAUUUCCCAGUUGACUAUUGUAUCACAGUUAAACCUCUCCUUCCCCCAUACUCUCUUCAUGGCUUGUUUUCUCACACGUUCAGUCCUUGGAUUAUGUAGAUAAACAUUUCAAAAAGCAACCAAUUAGGAUUAACAAUGUGAGCAAAUGUAAGAUGGACAUCAGAUGAAUAAAAAUAGAAAAUUAUUGAUGUUUGUAUAAGAUGGAGUACUUGGGUAAUUCAGCUGUUGUGUGAAUUAAAAGCACCCUAUCAAAAUGCCUGUUAUGUUUCAGAUGCAAAUCUUGAAGCUCCAUGGCAAUUCUGGGUUUGCACAUGGCAUGAAUAACAGAUUUUAAAAAUCAACACUAAUUAAUGAAGCUAAUCUCUUUUUUAACUGCAAAUGUAGAGCAAACCAAUUUAGAACCAAAACACCUCCAAGCAUUGUAAUUGUCCUAAUGUGGCUGCAGAGCUGCCCUUUCAUUAUCUAUUUCUAAAAAAACCCACUCCAAAUAGACACAAACAUAUCAAUACAAGAUAAAAAAAUAAAUAAACACACACAGAGUUAGUUGGACUGGGGGCAAGGGGAGGACUGGAAAAAGGAACAAAAGUUUAAACUUAAUGUUAUUAGUGUAAGAAAUCAGCUGCUUUGCUGAGUGAAAAUGUAUAUAGAUGUACUGACGUAAGCUAUUUUAGACAGAACAUGGAAUUGUUUCUUGCUACAGACUAUGAAAAAUUCAGUUAUUCUUUUCAAAGCAGCAAUCUUCACAUUCCAGGUCACUGGUUAGUGUUUUAUUUUUGUUUUAAUUCUGAAGAUGUUAGAACUGCAUUGGUUUUUACAGUAGUAAUAAUAAUCUGUGUUUUCUCCCUCCCUGUGCACUUCCCACCUCUCCUUCUAUCACAAUAAGGGCCAAUAUAAACAACUGUUCAAAGAAUGGUCACCAUGUUUUCCACUUUCAACAUUUUAUGUGAUGGAACAGUUUUGUGAAAGUGCCCACAGUGUUCGUAAAUUAUAAGAUUGGUCAAUAUUCUGAAAAACACGGCUUUUCAUGGUGUGGUAAUUCAUGAUUUUUGUUAUCCUGAAGCCUUUUCACAGUAUUUUGUGAGCACUGAAAGGUGAGGAGUUCACUCCUUCGAUAUUUUUUCCUCCUCUAUCUGUACCAAUAUGCAGAAUGAAAGCAGAAAUAGGUGUCUGAUAGGAUAGGCAGAGCAUUUAUAAAACCCCACUUCUCCUGUUACAGAAGGGCUAUCUAAAGCUCUAGAUCUCAACAGUUAAAAACCAAUCAUUUUAGAGGGUGUCUAUUUGAUUAAUGAAAUCUAUGGUCCUUAGGCUCACUUAAUUUUCUGGCAAUAAGGACACAGAACCUGACUCUCGCAUCUUCACUGUGGACUUUAUGAUUUGUUUGUUUUUAUUUGGAAAAUAUCAUAUAAAAUAUCUUGUGAAAGAAAUAAAAGUAUUUUACAUUUUAAUGUUGUUAAGGAGCAGAGUUACUGAUGGGAUGGGCAACUGUGUUUUACUGGAGUGGAGUGAAGAUCAGUUUUUCCCCUCUUUUUUAUUGUUAUUAUUUGUCUUACUAUGCUAUCUUCUGUUCAUUCCACCUCGGUAUUGCCCUACAAUAAAUAUAAGUGUGCAGAUAGCUGCUCCUUCAUUGCAGUGAAUAAAUGCUUAUUUGGAGGGGGCUUAAUGUUUGCAUUGUAGUCUGAAAGAUACUGUUUAUUUGGGGUUCAGGAUUUUAAAACUGGGUGGAUGGAAUUACUGGACAUAGAAAUUUGGCACUUCCUAAAGACCAUUAGACUACUUUUGUAUGACAUCUAGUUUUAUAUAGGAAGCUGUUUUAAUAUAAACAAGCUUUCAGUUAUUCAAUCCCUUGUCUACAGUUGCAUCCAGCCCUAGCCUGUGGAUUGAUUUAGUCCAGUUUUAUCACCAGAAACUUAUAAAGAGUGUUUUUGGUCUCAAGAUUUCAUCCUAUACAACAGAAUACAUUCAGUUGUCAUUUUAACAGUGGAACUGGAUUUCAGAGCCUGACAUUCAGAUCAAGAAAAGGGGUAAAAUGAGUUUUAUGAAGCACUGUGAGCACUGUGCCUGAUUUUGAUUUUGUACAGAUUCACCAGAAAGGAAACACAAACAUCAGGGUCAUUAUUGAGAAGAAAUACGGUAACUGGUCCUUUCACAGAGCCCCUGGUACAAAAUGGUUCUUGAACCAAUAUAUUAAAGAGUCCAAAGGGCUAAUGCUGCUGUCCUAAUGUUGUUCCUCCCUCAUUCAACCUAAUCCAUGGAGCUCUUCAAAGAGCACAGCCAUUGUCAUAUAGAACCACAAUUACAGUCUCACCAUAUUUUAGAUAAAACUGGUGCUGAGAAAGGACCCUUCUCUAUAUCAUAAAGUCCAUUAUAAGAACCUUGACUUUGCUAUACAAAUGCUUGCCACAGUAUAUUAAUACUCUCAUUAACUUUUCAAAACCUUUGUGCAGCUGUGCCAUAUCAUACAUGGUUUGAAGGCAGGAGUUCAUUUUCUAAGUAGUCAAUAGGUCUGUCAGUCUCUGUAUCAGAUCUUGCACCAUGUAAAAUUAAAUUGGGACUCCACUGAAGUCACCUUUCUUUUGAAAUGGGUUUAGUAAACUAGCUUAUGUUGCAGCAAUUCAGCAAACUAGUUAUAUGAAUUUCUGUAAGAGUAGAGGAGAGAAAUACCUUGUUUAGCAUGUGCUGCAGUGGUAAUGAUUAAGCUACAGUUUAUAAGCUUUCUGGAGAUAAACCUGGCUUCAGCUUGGUUUUUCCAGUUUCUGGAAACCAUCCUGGCUUGGGCUCAAAUCUUGAAAAGUGAGAAGAGAAAGCACUGCUCACUGAUAGUGCCAGGAUUCUGAUCUCUCUGGCCAAAUGGCAGCUGUAAAAGGUAAUGCUUAUUAUCUUUAAAAAGAAUGUUAAACCUAUAGCUGAGACAUUAUAGUAUUACGGUCAAUAUACUAUGGAAACCUCUUCACUUGCUAAGAAAAUAUGAGUCCUUACACACAUAGUAAUAUAUAUAAAUGCUUCAUACAGAACAGAUUAAAAUGGUCCACCCAGCCAACAAUGCUCUUUCUUUUUAUACAUGGAUUUUGAUAUGACACUGCUAAAGAUAAAAGUGAUUUGAGGGCAUCUUUCAUCUUACAAUGAAGAAAUCAUCAUAGAGGGUUUUUGGAUUUGUUUUUGCAUUUUAAUGGAAAGUUGAAUGGAGGGGGAAGAACAUGGCAAAAAAUACAUUUCUUUGGGGAGGACUCCAAAUUUUUAAGUGAAGUUACUAGAUUCAGUUAAUCUUUACUUAAAUCUAGAAAAAAAUACUAAUAAUAGUAUGUCAUUAAAAACUCUUACUAAUCUUUGCUUCAUUCCCUCCCAUAAGAACUCUUGCUAUCAUUCCCAUUUUAUAGAUUGCCAUGGUAAGAGUGGGACUUGAAUCAGGAAAGCCUGACCCAAGUGCAACCCUCUAUCUACCACACUGACUUUUAGCAUUGCAGCUGCUAAGCUUAGAUUUGCACUUGGAAUAUGGGCCUGAGCCAUACCUGUCAAAGUCAAUGGGUGCCUUCCCAUUAAUUUCAAAGGUUCUGAGACAAAGGUCUGUGUAAGCCCAGCUAAGAAACCCAGACUAUGCCAGAGUAAAGAUGCUUACUUUGAAGGAAGUCAGCAUAUAGCUGUGAUCUUAAAAUGUAAUUCUACAUAGACUUACUAAGGAGAACCACUGAUCUCAGUGAGGUUUCUGAACAUGAAGGCAUAGAACUAGGCCAUAAAUUUGUCUUUUGGUCUUUUCUGCAAUACUAUCUCUAACAAUACUGAAUAUUAGAGUGGAAGAAAACUCAGUCUGGGAGAAAUCUCCUCCCCAGAAGGAAUGUACUUUUUGCUAGGUUUUGUAGCACUGUUUACAGUUUUCCUCCUUGUUUUGUUAUUUAUAAAUUUAUAUUCAUUGAAUGUAUAUUGUCUUUUAAAGUAAUAAUGUUCACUUUUUAUAGUGUUCUUUUAUUCUAAAACAAUAAAAUGUUUUAUUUCUAUCA